AUGGAGUACACAUUGUCUGCAGCGACGCCGACAACGGUAGCUCUCCUUGCCGUCUCCAGAACCCUCAACAGUCGCCUCUCCCAGACCUUUCUCAGUCAACGCCUCCCGAGUCGUCUGCUAACUCGCAGGCUCACUUCUUGCCUUUCCAGCAGCUACGGCUUUCAGAGGCCUAAUAGUCCUUUCUCUUCGUCCUCGCUGAGGAGCCUGUACCUCGUUGAUCCUGCGGGACGGUGCCGUUUAGGGUGCGUUGGGAGCUCCGCUGCGUCGUUUGCUUCCGGCGGUGGAAAUGGUGGCUUUGGCGGCGAGAGUGGCGGCAGUGGCGGUGAUGGCGGUUCCGGCGGCGGUGAUGCGAAGUCGAAGGUGGUUGCUGCUGGGUGCGAUGAGAUUUCGGCGGUCUCGACUGAUGUCGUUGUUCUCGAUGUUGGAGGAAUGACAUGUGGGGGAUGUGCAGCCAGUGUGAAGCGGAUUCUAGAAAGUCAACCACAGGUGUCAUCUGCUAGUGUAAAUCUCACAACAGAGACAGCAGUUGUGUGGCCUGUGUCUGAAGCCAAGGUUACUCCAAACUGGCAGAAGCAGUUAGGAGAGACACUUGCCAAGCAUUUGACUAAUUGUGGUUUCAAGUCUAACCUUCGUGGCAACGAGCUUGCUUUCUCUUGGGCUCUGUGUGCUGUCUGCCUAAUUGGCCAUCUCUCCCAUUUUGUUGGAGCUAAGGCGUCAUGGAUCCAUGCACUUCAUUCGACAGGAUUCCAUCUGUCCUUAUGUCUAUUUACAUUGCUUGGUCCUGGGCGCCGACUUAUCGUUGAUGGUUUGAGGAGCCUUGUUAAAGGGGCUCCAAACAUGAAUACUUUGGUUGGUCUUGGGGCUUUAUCUUCAUUCACUGUCAGUUCAAUAGCUGCGUUUAUACCAAAGCUGGGCUGGAAGACUUUCUUCGAGGAACCAAUUAUGUUGAUAGCAUUUGUCUUGUUGGGGAGGAAUCUUGAACAAAGAGCUAAAAUCAAAGCAACCAGUGAUAUGACCGAACUUCUAAGUAUUAUACCGUCAAAAGCUCGUCUUUUGGUCAACGACGGUGCAAAAGAGUUGGAAUCAAUAGUUGAAGUUCCGUCUAACAGUCUCUCUGUUGGAGAUCAAAUUGUUGUACUACCUGGAGAACGUGUUCCAGUAGAUGGAAUUGUUAAAGCUGGUAGAAGUAUCAUUGAUGAAUCAAGUUUUACAGGAGAGCCAUUGCCAGUGACCAAACUACCUGGGAGUCAAGUUGCUGCCGGAAGCAUAAAUCUCAAUGGAACUCUUACAGUUGAAGUGCAGAGACCAGGUGGCGAGACUGCUAUGGCAGAUAUUGUUCGUUUGGUAGAAGAAGCACAGAGUAGGGAAGCUCCUGUACAGCGCUUGGCCGACAAGGUGGCUGGGCAUUUUACAUAUGGAGUAAUGACACUCUCUGCUGCCACAUUUUUAUUCUGGAGCUUGAUUGGUGGUCAUAUUUUACCUGCUGCUUUUCAAGGAGGAAAUUCAGUUUCAUUAGCAUUGCAACUCUCUUGCAGUGUUCUGGUUGUUGCUUGUCCAUGUGCCCUUGGGCUUGCCACACCUACAGCUGUGCUGCUUACUUUGUAUUUAAGCAAUUGCAUUUUAGAGAAACCACUCCCAACAACCGACCACAAGGUAAGGUUGGCACACACUCUGCAAACAAAAUCAUUACCUCUAGAAAAGUUUAACCAUACUUGGUCAGAAGUUGAUGUUCUGAAGUUUGCUGCUGGAGUAGAAUCAAAUACAGUUCAUCCUGUUGGGAAAGCUAUUGUGGAAGCUGCUCAGGCUGUUAAUUGCCAGAAUAUGAAGAUUGUAGAUGGAACAUUUUUGGAAGAACCUGGGUCUGGUGCCGUAGCAACUAUUGAGAACAAAAAGGUUUCUAUAGGAACUUUGGACUGGGUUCAAAGGCACGGAGUUAAUGAGAAUCCAUUUCUAGAAGUAGAGGCCCAUAAGAGUCAGUCUGUUGUUUAUGUUGGCAUUGAUAGUACUCUUGCUGGUCUUAUUUAUUUUGAGGAUCAGAUAAGGGAAGAUGCUGGACAAGUUGUUAAAUCUUUAUCUAAGCAAGGGAUAAAUGUAUACAUGCUAUCUGGGGACAAAAGAAAUAACGCAGAGUAUGUAGCAUCUGUUGUUGGUAUUCCGAAAGAGAAGGUGAUAUCUGGUGUUAAACCGAGGGAAAAGAAGAAGUUCAUAACGGAACUUCAGAAGGAUCAAAACGUUGUAGCCAUGGUUGGUGAUGGAAUUAAUGAUGCUGCAGCGUUAGCUUCAUCACAUGUUGGAAUUGCCAUGGGUGGUGGUGUUGGAGCGGCUAGUGAGGUAUCCUCUAUUGUGCUACUGGGCAACAGACUUUCACAGGUACUUGACGCUUUGGAGCUGAGCAGGCUAACCAUGAAGACUGUGAAGCAAAAUCUUUGGUGGGCUUUUGCAUACAAUAUUGUAGGACUUCCAAUUGCUGCUGGAGUGUUGCUGCCGGUAACUGGGACCAUGCUGACACCGUCAAUUGCUGGAGCCCUUAUGGGCUUGAGUUCUGUCGGGGUUAUGGCAAAUUCAUUGUUUCUAAGAUACAAGUUUUCAUCAAAACAGGGAGAAAUAUAUAGUGGAUCUGCACGCACGAAAACUAACGGGUGUUCCAAUCUUCUCAUGGACAAAAGUGCAGAAGAACAUCCUCAUUCUGAUGGUAAAUGGAAAGGAUGA